GUUGAUCAUAGUUUGAUCAACUACGUGGUGUUAGUACAUUGAUUUCUAUUAUUACAACAUUGUAUUAGACAUUAGUACACAACUACUCUUCUGAACAGUAUAUCAUUACUACUUAUCAAAGCUACCAGUGUUGUAAUACAAUAGUGCUGAUACAAUGACAAAAACGGAUGUUAAUGUUGUGAUGAGUGACUUGAUAUUGGACCAGUAGUGGUGUCGUGAGUGUGUGUGCGUGCGUGUGUGGUGCAAGAUGGCGGAGGCGAAGGAGUACCGCUUCUUCCGCAGCUUUAGCGCCAAGGUGGAGUCCGGGUGGCCCAUGCGGAAAGCCGAGCAGUUUUGGCGGAGGCUGCGGGAGCGCAAAAUUGCUGAAAUCGAGGCAUCAGAAGCUUGCAAGUGGCUUAGGGCAGCAGGAUUCCCGCAGUAUGCACAAAUGUAUGAAGACCUGCAGUUUCCGAUCGAUGUCAGCGGCGUGCAGAAGGACCACCCGUUUCUGGAGCCAGACUCGCUGCAGUCGCUCUUCAGGCGGCUGCACGCACUCAACAGGUGUGCCAACAUGAAGGUCGACAACCUACCAAAAACCACCGGUGAUGACUCGGAUGAGGACGACCAAUGUGCGCUGAGCGAAAACUGGACAUUCCAGCCGGAGCUGCGCCGCUGGUCACGAGUUUGCGAAGUCACUGCGCACCGACUGCAAGCACUGCAAGGUGUAGCAGCUCAACAGGGCGGCACCCAGUCGUCACCCGGGCCACACGACAACGGAAGCGGCGGUGGAAGUCCGGUCGUGAUCCGCUACGGCAGUCUGCCGCCAGGGGCGCUCACCACCGACAGCGAACUGCUAGCGUCGCGCUUCCGACGCUCGGGCAGCGAACGACUCAGGGACGGCGCCAAGGCCUUCCUGCGACGCGUCGAGAGUCUCAAGUCGCGACGUCGUAAACGACACAAUCGCGAGGGUGUUGUCAUUUCGGGCCCGCAGUUGCUGGACGUAGCGUCGAUGCAACAGCGCAUGAAAGACAUGAACUGCAUCGACGUGUCGCCGCCAGAGUCGCCCUCCACAUACGCGUGUGAGGAGAAGAGGCCAUUCCGCCGACUGCUCUCUCUGUCGCGGCCCGACUGUGACUCGGGGGCGCUCUCCGACUCUGAGUUGUCCUGGCGACAGCAUUACCUCAAGGACGCCAAUAGUAAUCACACCAAGGUUGUUGAGUUGGUAGAUGUAAAUAGUAGUAAAGAAGGCGGCAGCAGUAGUGGGAGUAGCACGGGGGGAACGGCCAGAAGGGCGGUGUCGAGGAGGGGAAGCUGCACCAGUUCCAGUCUCGAGGGAACACCAGUUAGGUCCAAACAAAGUGAUUCAAAACUAAAAGAUGUUGAAAUGGAAAGUGCCGAAUCUAAUAGUAAUGUAGCUGAUAGUGAUUCGGAAACACCACCUAGAAAUAAGUCAGUAGUCAGAUGGCACAGCUUCCAACGCGGCUCGGUGCGCCCGGACUCCUGUUCUGGCCGCUCUAUCAGUUCGCUGUCCUGUGGUCAGAUGCUGGUCAUGCGCAAACUGGCCCUGCUCAAGCUCACCGCCAUCAUGGAGCGCUAUUGCCCCACGCACCGCACCGGAUGGAACUGGGAACUGCCCAAGUUCAUCAGGAAGAUCAAGACGCCCGAUUACAAAGACAAGACAGUGUUCGGCGUGCCGCUGGUAGUAUCGUUGCAACGCAGUGGCUACGCUCUGCCUCUGUGCAUCCAGAACGCACUGUCAUGGCUGCGAGCGAACGCUCUCGACCAGGUUGGUCUGUUUCGCAAGCCGGGCGUGCGUUCGCGCAUCCAGCGACUCAAAACGCUCGCCGAAACGCAGGCCGACGAACUCACCUACGACUCGCAGCAGGCGUUCGAUGUCGCCGAUAUGGUCAAGCAGUAUUUCCGCGAGUUGCCUGAGGUUCUCUUGACCAAUAAGCUGUCGGAGACGUUUGUCGCGAUCUAUCAACACGUACCAGUAGGCCAACGCAUGGAAGCCGUGCAGUGCGCGCUGUUGCUUCUACCCGACGAACAUCGCGAGGCCUUGCUGACGUUGCUAGAAUUCUUGCAGACGGUCGCACAUCACGCGCCGACCAAUCAGAUGAACGCCAGCAACCUGGCUCUCUGUCUCGCCCCCUCUCUCUUCCACUGGCAGCCCACCCCUUCUCCCACCCGUAGUUCGUCGGUCAGUCCGCGCAGGCGCAGUAACAAGAACCUCGGCAUCCCAGACGCCAGGGAGUUGGGACAGAAUAAGGCCGCGCAUGACUGUCUGCUGUCCCUCAUCAAGCAUCAUAAGCAGUUGUUUAUGGUGUGCGAGGAAAUGUUGAGCCAGUGCAGAUUCAGCUACAUGGAGGAGAGCAUCCCGGUGGCGCUGGAGGAGCUGGGUGCUGAGAUGCAGCAGGACUGGCGUGGUUACAUGCAGGCCUGCACCACUGCUCUACUCAAAGAAGCCCGAGACAAGAGCCGCGGCUGGGUGACAGUGUCGAACGGCCUGGAGGUGGAGAUGGCCUACAAGAAGGUGGGCGACGGCCACCCUCUGCGCCUGUGGCGCGUGAGCACCGAAGUGGAGGCGCCACCCACAGAGCUGCUGCACCGCGUGCUCAGGGAGCGCCACCUCUGGGACUCCAGUCUGCUCAAGUGGCGCCAGGUCGCCAAGCUGGAGGCACAGGCCGAGGUCUUCCAUUACAUCACCGCCAGUAUGCCGCCGCUGCCCGCCAAGGAUUACUGUGUGCUAAGAACGUGGAGGACAGAGCUGGGCAAAGGAGCGUGUGUGAUAGUUGAGACAUCGGUGGAGCACGCGGACAGCAGCAACCUGGGCAGUGGCAUCAGGGGAAUUGUGCUCGCCUCAAGGUAUCUCAUCGAGCCCUGCGGUUCGGGUCGAUCUCGCAUCAUGCAUCUGUCCAGGGUCGACACCAAAGGCCGAACACCCGAGUGGUACAAUAAGAGCUAUGGUCACAUCUGCGCUCUACACCUGGCCAGGAUACGGCGCUCGUUCAAGCACACCGCUGAAGGCCCCGAGAGCAAGGUCUGACUACCGAUGAACGUUUUCCUGGUUGGAGCACUUUAAAAUGAUCCACUCAGCGUUCACUCAACCAGGAUCUGCAACAAAACGUUGCAAAUCAAUUCAUAAAUCAGGUUCAAAAAUGACGAGGAUGAAGUAUCAUCAUAUUGAAAUAUCAAGAUACAGCAUUUUAUUGAAACCCGACCAGGAUUUGCUAAUACAAGUUGUUAACUAACGAGUAAAUCAGGCGAUUGAUAGGUGGCGAGAAUGAAAUAUUCAUCAGCAUUUCUCAGAAGUUUCUCGAACUCUGACCAGGAUAAAAGUCGAAAACUAACUGUUACGCCGGAUUUAUUAAGGUAAUGCUGGGAAUGGAGUAUAUUCAUUCAGACUCAACAUGCUGUAGUGAAAAUGUAGUAUCCUCUUAGACAUAACAUCUGCGUUGUAAACUCGUUGGAGUAACUCUGAAUUAGAAAUUGAUCAAUAUUUAUUUUGAUAUUUCUAGAAUGUUUCUAGUGUGAACAAUCGAUAAAAAGGUCUUCUUCUUUUUUACAUUCAAGGUUUAGGCUUUAAUGCCUGUUCUGACUCACAAAAGCUUGUAAUAAGAUAGAUAAAAAGCUAGUAAAAAGGUUCCGAACAUAAUAAUCAAAGAGGAAAAGUCACAUUCAGCUUAUUCUGAACCAAUAUGGAGAGUGAUUAAAAACUCAAAUUCGUCGACAUGUGAUGAUUAGUAAAGUUAUGGAAGUGCUCAAGUUGUAAUGAUUUUAAAGCAACCCAGUAGAGUCUUAGAACACUGAUUGAGUUUUGAAAGCACCGAUUGAUUGAUAAUUGAUUGAUGUUGAUCAAAUUUGAAACUUCUAGUGCUUAAUAAACAAGUUUGUUCAAAGAUAGGGAACUGAGCAGUGCAUGGAAGGAUGACAAUAAUCAUUAAGUCAAUAUUGUUGAUUGACAGCAGUAACGCUAUCCUUUUUGUGAAACUAGGAAAGAUGAUGUUGGAGUUAAUUAAAUAGCUUCUAAUAAUUAUUUGGUAUUUGAUUUCUGAUCAGAAUAUUUGUAUAAAAAAGUUUUAUUAAUAAUACGAAUUCAAAAAUGUAGUAACAAACCAACAUCAAAUUAAUCGAACAAGGAGGUCGGUCAAGGUCAGGUCGAACAAGGAGGUCGGGCAAGGUCAGGUCGAACAAGGAGGUUGGAAGUUUCUAGAAAUUUAUAGAUUAUUGAUUAAAUUAGAAUGUGAAAGAAAUUUCAACUCCCGAUCGAGAACUUAGUCUAAUGUUUCAAGUCUACACACAUCACUAAUGAUUUAGUAAUAAUCACUAAUGGUGUAAAUAAUAUGAUGUGUUGAAUUGGUAAACAUUUCUGAGAUCAGUGGAAUCCUCCCUUGUAGCUUACAUUAUUCUUAGCAAAAGCGUGAAUGAAAACUCUCUGUCAUUCCAAUAGCUAUUUUGUAUGAGUUGUUGUUCUCGAUAUUUUGUUUUUUGAAAAUCUUGAGUUUUGAAUUAAAUUUCCAAACAAAAACCACAUUGUCAUUCCAUUUUAAUAAACAGUUAGUUGGACCUUGCCGGGUACCGUAGUUUAAAUCUCAUCAAUGGAAACAAGUUUUUGAAAAACCUUAUUAGUUCUAGAAUUUUUGGUGGGAUUUGAACCACCAAAUAAUAAUAUUUGAUAAAACAUGUAGGUACGGUAUUAGAAAGUUUAGGCUUCUUUGAGAAUUCAUGUUGGAUUAUAGAAAAAAUGAAAUAUAUAACCUACUUGUUUCCAUUUGUAAUAUAGUAAAUUUUUAUUUUUAUUAUAUAAUACCGUGAAAUGAAAAAAUAAAUUUGAUUAGAUUUGAUAUUGUUUAUCAGGUACAGUUUUGUCAAAAUUUAUUGUUAUAUUCACAUUCAUUACGGUAUAUUGUCUAAACUUUUCGGAGCACUCUUUUUGUCAAUGUUCUGUAAAAACUACACAUCACUAGUGUUUGUGAUUUAUGUAUGAUAACUUCAUGUAAAUAAUUCUGUUUCGGAAUCCUGCAAAGUAUUGAAUCCUAUUUUGAGUUUAUAAAAAUAACAAUAAUUAGUAAAUACUCUUUGAAAACGUUUCAUGCAGGUUCUGGACCAAGUGGUUUCAAAUUAUAAUCAUUCAUGUACGUUGGUUGACUUGGAAGAAAUAUUUGAAAACAAUAUCACAUCAUGGAAAAAAAUAAUUGUAAAAUAAGAUAAGAUAAUAAUAUCCACUAUUCUGUUAUUAUAAGAGUAUUCAAGAUACAUCACAAUACAGAUUUCUAUAAGUUAGUGCGAGAAAUGUACUGUAAAUAAUGCAUUCGGAAACUCGUCAGUUUUGUAAAUAUUAUUUUUUUACUUCUGUGAAUAGAUGUCUACCCGUUAUUAAUGGAAAUACAGUAAAUAUUUUUAAACGAGCUAUUAGAAGAUUUAGUAUAAUUCCGUUUCAUACCAAAUGAUCGUAAUACCAUUGAAUAACCUAAUACGGUAAUAUAAAAAAUUGAUAAAAUAUACUCCAAUUGAUAAUUGAUUAAUAUUGAAACUCUAUUGAAAAUACCCAUAAACCGUGAAGACUCCAUCUUUUACAAUAUCUUGAAAAUUGUUAGAGUUUAUCAUACAUUUUAAAAGAUGAGAUUAUUGUUAAUUGUUGUUAUAUAGUUUUUUAAAAUAAAAAUAUGCAUAAAUAUUGUAUCUACAAACUUCUCCGUAGAUCACAUAGAAUAUUUAUAUUAUCAAACUUGUAAUGUUUUUGUGGAAUAUUACAUAAGAAUAAUAUAAAAUUUAUUGUUAGAUUGAAGGUUAAUAAUAAUAUUAUGUGAGUUUGCUACUUGGCUAUUUUUAUACUUGUUGGCUGUCUCUUUGAUGUACUGUAUUUAUAAUAAUUGGAAAAAAUUAAGCUGACAUAAUAAGAUAAUCUGUGAUAUAAGUUCUUAUAGUUUUUAAGUGGAAAAGUUUAUAAAUUAUGAAAUUAGAGAGAGCUAAGUGCUCUAAUUUGAAAAAUAUAAUAUUUCUAUUUUCAACGUCAAUAUCAACUACCCUGAAGUUUUUAAAAUUGGCAUUGUGAAUUAGACCAUGCAGGAAUAUUUAUUGAAAUACUCGUGUUCAAGAACUUCUGUUAUUCCAAUUUAAAAUUGACAAUUAACAAGGAUUCGUAGCAAUCUCUAUUCUUAUGUCCAAUUUGACCAACAUUUUAGAUUUUAUCAGAAUACUUUGAAUUUACGAACCCAUUACCAACUAGUCAUGUAUAUUAUUUAGAUAAUUCACUUAAUUUCAUAAUAAAUUUAUUCAAAUCGAAAAAUCCUCAGGGACAAGAUGAAAGAUCUUUAGCAAUGUUUAUUUUAGAAUUCUUGCAUAUAACUUUCAGAUACUUACAAGAUACUUCCAUAUACUUUCUAGAUAGAAAUUUAUUACAACCAGAUAAAGGUCACAUAAGAGAUAAAUUUUUGUUCUGUUUAUAAAAUUAUCCGUAUCCUCAGUGUCAUUUUCGAAAAAUUAACAUCAAUUUUUGAUUGAAGAAUAUAACAGUAAUAGUAUCAAUACUAAGUCUAUUACGUUGAAGUUAUGAAUUGAUUGAAGUUUUUUUACGAUCAGACUAAAAUUAAUAAAUCGGGGACCAAAUAGUAACUGAAAAUAUAAUCGAGUUUGCCCUUACCCAUCUGCAAUCAACAGGAAACAGGAUCAAUGUUAUAUGAGAUAUUUCUGAAAUAUUCUAAAACAUAUCACUUAACAAGUGACUCUUUCAAACAUAUAUAUCUUCACAAAACUAGAUCUUGAUUGAAUAUAUUUUUGUUCUAUCAUCAUAAUUUGAUGAUAUCUAUCAUAAUUUGAUUUUGAAUAUAUUUUCUUACCACAAUAUUUCCAACACUUGUUCAAAUUCCAAAAUUUCAAGUCAAUAUUUUUUUCGAGUAAUAUUCACAUGAAUAAAUUACAAUAUUUUCUCUUCAUUAAAGCUUCAAUUUAUCUCAAUUUUAUAAUUUUUACUCAUGACAUUAUUCUAUCAUCUGUGAUCUCUCAUUCUUCAAGUGUAAGUUACAUUCACCCUAAUUAUAUUCAAUACGAUUUUAUAAUACUUGCUGGCAUACUUCUAUAAUAAUUUAUCAGAAAUCUAGAUGGAUACUUGAAAAGUAAAUUUUUUCUGGGUUCUAUCCACGACCACUUUAACAAGAAGCUCAUGAUUCUCCUCUAUUAAUCUUCAUUAGAGAAUUAAUUAGUUAUUGUCUAAACCCUACUCUCAGUUUCCAUAAAAUUCUUCAGUAUUGUGUAGAUCCUUUUCCUAUAUAUUAUCAAUAGCAAAUUUUUCUUUUUCUUUCUCAAACAGAUUGCAUCUGAGCUAAGCAUCAAGUACUAGGCCAUUGAUAAUAGGCUGCUCGUAUUAUCCAUUAACUUAAACCUUUAUUCAGACUCAAUACCUAGUACGGUAACAUUGAAAACCCUAAAUUUUUUUGUAAUAGUUGUCUCCGGUGAUUCUGACUAUUGAACAUUAUCUUUACCAUACAAAUGUAAAUGCUACGAGAUACCUUUUGAAUGGCGAUAUUUUACAGUUAUCCAUUCCAGGUGAAGAAAUUUGAACAUAUAAGUAACACUUGACUGUACAUAUACCAUGAAAUGUAAUAAUUUCUUUAUUUUUAGCGUGUAAGUUUCAUAACCAAUAUGUUAAUUUAUUUCUGCCACUGUACAAUAUAAUUACAUCACAUUAAUAAGUCAGUAGUUGAUACGGAAUUGUUUAAUGAAAUAGCAGGUUACCAUUUAUGUGUGUGUUAGUGUGUGCAAAUGAAAUGAACAUAUUAUAUAUUGUUUGUACAAGUACAAGAGUGUCAGUACUUUUGUUGACUCUUAGAAAAUAAUUUGUAAGUUAAUAUUAUAUUUGUGUACGAAAUUGUAUAAAUUUUUGAAAAAUAUUUUAUUUGAUUCAAA